AUGCGUGGAGGCCCCGUGGUCAAUCAGCUAGACGAGAGCGCACGCGCAACGUUUGCGACGGGACGACCACUAGAAGACAGCCCGGACCUGCAGCAGUGCAAGCACUGCAAGAAGAGCGUUCUCAAGACGGCGGCCAAGGUACACAUUGCGCAGUGCCUCAAACUCAAGAGGGAAAAGGCACAGCGGAAGAAGGAGGCGCGUGAGGCGCGUGAGAGAGCCAAGGAGGCGGCUAGGGAGGAGGAGGCACGCAAGGCUGAUGACGGCAAGGAGGAAGACAGUGAUGACGAUGGCGGCGACAUCUCUCCCGACAAGAAGGGUGUUAAGGCAGGCAAGAAGGCUGCUGGCGCAGGCGCCGGCAAGAAGCCCGGUGAUGACAAGAGCAAGAAGCGCAAGGCUGAUGGGGCGCCCGAUGGCGGUCCCAAGGCCAAGAAGAAGAAGGAUGAGCCCAAGGCCAAGGCACCCAAAACGAAGGGCAUGUUUUUUUUCUCUUUUUCAUUGCGCGCCGCCCUGCACGGAAAGUGUCCUGUCGACGUUGAGCGCCAAUGUGGUGUCAUUCUUCCCAACGGACAACCGUGCGCUCGCUCACUAACGUGCAAGAGCCACUCCAUGGGAGCCAAACGAGCAGUCGCCGGCCGUUCCCUACCAUAUGAUAUGCUCCUAGCAGCAUACCAGAAAAAGAACCAGGCCAAGCAGCAGAAGGCCGCUUUGGAUGCCAAUGCGCCAGUAGAAGACGAAGACGACGCUAACAACGGUCCCAUUGAUUCGGACGAAGAGACGUUCGCCGUCAUGAGCUCCCUCGCCAAGUGGAAGCCGCAGCCUGUCGUGCCGCAGCCCGUUUUCACCCCCAUCAGACGACAGUACCAGAUCUCCCGACUGCACGAGCAGCUACAGAUGGCCACCAACGGUGGGCGCACAAAUAUCUUUGCUGUUAAGAGCUUCGGCACAAAGAGGAACAUGUCCGAUACCAACACUGCACAGCAGCAGCCUCAACAGCAGCAGUCCCAAACCCUUACGGUAGACGGGGAAGAUGCCCCCGGUGAGCCGGACAUGAGCAUGGGUCUCGGCGUCACGAGCAGUAUACCCUCGGGCUUGGGGACGGCACAUAGGCAGACACCUGUCGCUAGUCGUGGUUGA